GCUUCUUAAAAUUGGCCAGCCUUGGCCGGUCCUUCCCCUAACCUCCCUCAUCAAACAUCAAAAGCCGAUUGUUAAAAGCUUGAAGAGGAUCAUGCCAUUAAAAGCUCUUUCCCUCCGCCGAUCCUUCUGCUGCGGUAAUGCAGCUUACUUUGCUAGCGCGACUGCCUCCAAGCAGAAGAACAUAGUCUUCUUGGGUUCUCCCCAGGUGUCCUUGCCCGUUUUGGAUGUUCUUCUCGAUGCCUCAAGAGUGCCAAGUUCCAUCUUUCGGCUUGCAGCAAUUGUGACGCAACCACCCUCAAAGAGGGAUAGAGGAAGGAAGGUGAUGCCAUCUCCAGUUGCUCAACGUGCGUUGGAUAAAGGGUUUCCUCAUGACCUUAUCUUUACACCUGAAAGAGCUGGGGAGGAAUCUUUCAUAUCGGAUUUGAGGGCUCUAAAUCCAGAACUUUGCAUUACAGCAGCAUAUGGGAAUAUUUUACCGUCUAACUUUCUUGAUAUUCCACCAUAUGGUACUGUCAAUGUCCACCCAAGUUUGCUGCCUCUGUACCGUGGGGCUGCACCAGUCCAAAGAGCUCUACAGGAUGGAGUCGAGGAAACUGGAGUAUCACUUGCAUAUACAGUUCGUGCAUUGGAUGCUGGCCCUGUUAUUUCACAUGAAAAAGUGGAAGUUGAUGACUACAUUAAGGCACCAGAGCUACUUUUAGAAUUAUUUGACAAAGGUGCAAAACUUCUAAUGCAUGAAAUCCCAUCAAUUUUAGAUGGAUCUGCAAAGUACAAAGCACAUGCACAGGAUGAUUCUAAAGCUACUUUGGCUCCUAAGAUAAAACCUGAGGAAUCAUGGAUUUCAUUUGAACAAGAUGCGAAGCAAAUACAUAACAAGGUUCGGGCCUUUGCAGGUUGGCCUGGGACCCGAGCUACAUUACAGCUAAUUGAUGCGAAAGGUAAUCCAAAUGCACUGGAAAUUAAGAUCAUCACAACUAGAUUUUGCAAAAUCUCUGAAACAAAGGGUGGUGAGGAUGAUAUCCUGUUUGAUGGAGGUUCUUUGCUGAUUCCAUGCGCAGGAUCAACUUGCCUUGAGGUUCUUGAGCUCCAUAUACCAGGGAAGAGGGUGAUGAAAGCUUCAGACUUUUGGAAUGGUUUGCGAGGUCAAAAGCUUCAAAAGUCAAGCAUUUAGUUCCAGUCGGUUUCACCAGAAAGGUAUUUAAUUGUCACAUUUGAAUUGGAAAAUUUUAAUUAGAUUUGAAGUCAGUUAUGUGAUUGCAGCUAUUGUGAAAGAGUUACUCAUAGGUUCAUUUAACUCUUUGAAACUAUAAAUUCUCCUUUAUGGCCAACAGCUUUGUAACAGUAAGUUUUGCUUUUGGUUGGAUCAAGAGAGUACUUUUGUUCCAUUUUUGGUCAUCUUUAAAUUUAUGAGUAUUAAAUUUUUGGAUC